UAUGAAUGUUAAUAAAAAGGAUGUUGGUUAUUAUUUUAAAUUUGGGAGUAGUCCAAUAAAAUUAGUAAAAGGAUUAUUGGAAGAGAAUGGUUUUAAGGAAAGUAAUGAUAAAAAUUGGACAUUGUAUUGGUCAUCAUGUGCAAUAAAAUCUGAAGUUUAUACAAAUCUAUUUGCUUAUUAAAAAGUUUGUCAUUUUCCAAAAUCAUAUGAAAUGACUCGUAAAGAUUUGAUGCAUCGAAAUAUAUCAAAAAUGUAAAUAAAUCAUGGGUUUAUAAAUUUUAAUUUUAUACCAAAAACAUACAUUUUACCAAUAGAGAUGAGUUAUUUUUUAGAAGAGCAUGAGAAAAUAAAAAAUAAUAAUCCUGUUUAUAUAUGUAAACCACAUGCUAGUUCUUAAGGGAAAGGUAUCUUUAUAACUGAUAAAAUAUAAGAUGUAAAUUUAAAUUAAAUUUAGAUUUUGAAUAAAUAGAAUGCUAAUAAUUCCUAUGUAGUUUCACAUUAUAUAGAUAAACCAUUAUUAAUAAACAAUUUGAAAUUUGAUUUAAGAAUAUAUGUUGCUCUAACAUGUAUAAAUCCAUUAAGAAUAUACAUAUAUUAAGAUGGUUUAGCAAGAUUUGCUACAGAAGCUUAUAAUCCAGAUUCUGUAAAAUAGAAUAGAUUUGUUCAUUUAACUAAUUAUUCUGUAAAUAAAGAUUCUCCUAAUUUUGUUGCAAAUUAAGAUCCCACUUUAGAUUAUGUUGGAAGUAAAUGGAGUUUAUUAGCUUUAAGAGAAUAUUUAAAAUUAAAUAAAAUAAAUGAAGUAUUUAUUAUGUUAAAAAGUUUAGUAAUAAAUAUUUGAAAGAAUUGAAGAUUUAAUAAUUAAGACAAUAAUAAGUGUUGAAAGUGCUAUAUUUUAAGCAUGUGAAAUGAAUGUACCAUUUAGAUCAAAUUGUUUUUCUUUAUUUGGAUUUGAUGUAUUAGUAGAUUAAUUUUUGAAACCAUGGCUUUUGGAGGUCAAUUUUUCUCCUUCACUUAAUAUUGAUGCUCCAUUAGAUCUCAAAAUUAAAGGAGAAAUGUUAGCAGACCUAUUUACACUUAUAGGAAUAGUACCAUUAGUAAACUUCAUUAUGAUUAAAGGAUUAAAGAUUUUCAUAAGAUUUAUCUUAUGUUAGAAAUUAAAGCAAUUAUGAUAUUAAGAAACACUAAUUAGAAUUUGAAAAAUACAUUAUAAAAGAGACAGAAGAAGAAAUGAAAAGAAGUAG